UUCGGAUGAAGUUGGCCAUUUAAUGGACGGCUUUUGUAGAUGCAAAAUCGAACUACCGGUUCAUAGGCUAGUACGUUUUAGGCAAUAAGAAGCCAAAUGGCCUUCAGUUGUAACGCCAAAGCGAGCACUAGUUUGUCAGCGAUGCGGAGGGAUACGCACUGCGCCUCCCCAGUCUACUUGUGUCCAGGAUUCUGGAGGACAUGGAACGGGGAGGCGGAGGGAAGAAACGGUGGAAAACGAAAGAAAAUCUGUAAGAGUAGGAACUUCAGCCUAAGAGUAACGCGAAAACCCACUGGCGAUGGCCCAUGCGUCCUAAGAGAACAAUGAGCAGUGGAAGUGGGUGCAGUGCUGUCGGACAGCUGUGCGCUGGAAGGGAGGGAUCGGGGCAGAGAUGGGAUGAGGGAGGAAGCCGCUCUCUUGUGGUCACAUCCUUUCUGACUGAGGCCAGUUUCACAAGCCCCCCCAAACAGCUGCUGCCGGCUGCAUGUGUUCCACUGUCUGCGUGGUGUGGGCAGACGUGUCGGAUAUCCCAGCGUUUUGUUGGCGUAGCUGUGCAUCAAGGCAGACACGAAAGCCAGUGGCGUUAGAAACACGGAGUGUGCGCCGGUCGGCGGAGACGAUCCGGAGAGGAGCCCGGAGUUGUUGGUGAGCUGCAGUUGCCUCGCACCGGUGAGACCUGCUGCAGCGUGUCACUUCGACAGAGGUCCUGAUCUCCGUUCCCACAGGCAGCCCACGCCCCCACCCCCCUUCCCUCCAUCAGUGUUGGUGACCCAGCUCUGGACCGCUUGCUGCAGGGCCCUUCCUGAGCAGCAGCAGCUGCGUCCUGCUUGCUGACUCCCCUCCCUCCCCUGCUUCCUGUCCUUGGUCAGACAAGGCUAAAGCCUCCUCUCCCCUAACCCACCCCUCAUCUUUUUUACACACACACACACACACACUUGGGUGUUUUCUUGUUGACCACGCAUUCCCACACUGCUUUAGACUACGAGUAGUGAAUUGACCCUCACCCCACGCCCCCUGUAGUGGCCCCCCACUACACAGGUUCUCCCUUUCACCUCCACCACAGCAUCUAGCAUGACCUCCAUGUCCAGUCUCUUCUCCUUCACAAGCCCAGCAGUGAAACGCCUGCUCGGCUGGAAGCAGGGAGAUGAGGAGGAGAAAUGGGCCGAGAAGGCGGUGGAUGCGCUGGUGAAAAAGCUGAAGAAGAAGAAGGGGGCCAUGGAGGACCUGGAGAAGGCUCUGAGUUGCCCCGGGCAGCCCAGCAAGUGUGUAACCAUCCCACGGUCACUGGACGGCCGGCUGCAGGUCUCUCACAGGAAAGGUCUGCCUCACGUCAUCUACUGCAGAGUGUGGCGCUGGCCGGACCUCCAGUCCCACCACGAGCUCAAGCCCCUGGAGGUGUGCGAGUACCCGUUUGGCUCCAAGCAGAAGGAGGUCUGCAUCAACCCGUACCACUACAAGCGAGUGGAGAGUCCUGUGCUCCCUCCAGUCCUGGUACCGCGGCACAGCGAGUUCAACCCUCAGCAUAGCUUGCUGGUACAGUUCCGCAACCUCACCCACAACGAGCCGCACAUGCCCCUGAACGCCACCUUUCCAGAGUCCUUCCAGCAGCCGCACAGUGGUGGUGGCACCGCGGGUGGAGGUGGUGGAGGCGGUUCUUUCCCCAUCUCUCCAAACUCUCCGUUUCCCUCUUCACCAGCCAGCAGCGGUACUUAUCCAAACUCCCCCGCCAGCUCGGGGCCCUCCAGUCCAUUCCAGCUCCCAGCUGACACCCCACCCCCAGCCUAUAUGCCCCCUGACGAGCAGCUGGGUCAGGAGAGCCAGUCCAUGGAAACCAGCAGCACCCUGGUGCCUCCGAAUGUAGCCAGAGGAGACGUGCAGCCGGUGGAGUACGAGGAGCCGAGCCACUGGUGCUCCAUCGUCUACUAUGAACUCAACAACCGCGUGGGCGAGGCCUACCACGCCUCGUCAACCAGCGUGCUGGUGGACGGCUUCACUGACCCCUCCAACAACAAGAACCGCUUCUGCCUCGGGCUGCUGUCCAACGUCAACCGCAACUCCACCAUUGAGAACACGCGCAGGCACAUUGGCAAAGGGGUGCACCUGUACUACGUGGGUGGGGAGGUAUACGCCGAGUGCCUCAGCGACACCAGCAUUUUCGUCCAGAGCCGUAACUGCAAUUACCACCACGGCUUCCACCCGACCACCGUGUGCAAGAUCCCCAGCGGCUGCAGCCUCAAGAUCUUCAACAACCAGGAGUUCGCCCAGCUCCUGGCCCAGUCGGUCAACCACGGCUUCGAGGCUGUGUACGAGCUCACCAAGAUGUGCACGAUCAGGAUGAGCUUCGUCAAGGGCUGGGGAGCAGAGUAUCACCGACAGGACGUCACCAGCACCCCCUGCUGGAUCGAGGUGCACCUGCAUGGGCCCCUCCAGUGGCUGGACAAGGUGCUCACACAGAUGGGGUCGCCGCUCAAUCCGAUCUCCUCUGUGUCCUAAUGAUGGACUCGUGGGAGCUUUCAGAGAUCCCUUCUACAAUGUGUUUUUUUUUUUUUUUUUUUUGUAUAUAUAUUUUUU